CACCGGCUAUGGACCUUUUAAAAACAACAUUGAAUGUAAAGAAUAUAAAAAUGAAAUUUUGUUUCCUUUGUAUUCAUUUUUAAGAUUUUCUUUACAAUGUAAAAGCCCUGAAAAUGGGAUAAUCAGUUAGACAUGGAAUAUUUUACAAGAACCGCUUCCAGUGUAUUGAUACUAGACUGAAUGUAUGAUUAUUUGGACUAAACAGUGUUUUCAGUUUCACAUCAUGAAGAUACUGUACUCUCUUAUUGUUUUAAUCCACGUGGUAUAUGCCUAUGUCCACAUGAAUGUGGAUAAUUUUGAGAUAAGAUACCCUCUUAAGUUUGAAAAAAGAUGCCACCUAGAAAAAGACCGAUUUAAUUAUAUUUUGGAAAUUUCAAUUUCCCAGUGUGUCAAAGAAUGUAGUGCACGUGCUCAUUGUCAGGCCUUAAGUUACAGGAGCAAAUUGCACGUGUGUGAACUUUUUUCCAUUUGGAAUGCGAGCAAUCUUCGUCCUGGAAAUUGUAUCUUUAUCGCGAAGGAAACUGUCGAUAUUGUGCAGACUCCAUGCCAAAACGGGUGCCAUUAUGGGCAAGUUUGUGAAACCAGCAAUCAAAAUACAGGUGUUUGUAAAAUAAAAGAAUGUAUUAAUGUGACAAUUCCUCAAGACGGUGUCAUUCUUGGUAACCAGAGGGGAGUCGGAAAAAAUAUCCGAUAUGAAUGUAAAGCGGGUUACACGGCGUUGAAUGGCCCGUUUGCUGUGUGCCUGGACACUGGAGUUUGGAAUGAAUACAGUUUAUGUGUUACCGUUCAGACGCAAACUAGCACAGACUUCCCUAUGGCACCUACAAUUGGUAGUCGUUGUGACACAGAUGCUGAUUGCAUUGAAACAGAAGGAAGAUGUAUUGAAGGAAUAUGUUUCUGUCAUCCACUGCACAGAUACAGCACUUCUUACAAAAACUGUCUAAAAGUCUGCAAUUCUAUGUCAGAUACGUUUCAAGAGAUAAGGAAUAGAGUUAUUGUCAAUUUUAACGAUAUUGAAGAAGCUACAAUAUAUUCAAGUCCAAAUGACUGCGAAACAGCUUGUGCUGAGGAUCCUAUCUGCUCCUCGUUUGAGGCAUGGAAAGAUAAUGGUGUACAUAUGUGUACCAGAUCAUCUGUGAGUCUUAAUAUGGCAAAGGAUGCUGCUCCAAGUGCACCUCAGUUCAAUCCGAAUGUUCAACUGUAUACCCGACUUUGUGUUUGA